CCCGCAGCCGGUGUGUCAGAAGGAGGGAGCGAGUUCGUCUGCCGUCCCCGCGUCCAGGGCAUGCCCCUGCGGUCCCUACGCCCGUCCGCCUGAGCCGCCUGCGUAGGCGCCCAGCCCUUAGGCGGCCUCGGUGUCCUCUCCGGCCUCCGGGCGGUCCUCGCGCUGCGGCCCACCGUUGGCCCGGUCGCCAUGCAGGCGCUGGCGCUGCUCCUGGCCGCUCUGGCCUCCCUGGUGCUGGCCCGGGAGUCCCCGACAGCCCCGUGCCCCGCGCGCUGCGACGUGUCGCGGUGUCCCAGCCCGCGCUGCCCUGGAGGCUACGUGCCCGAUCUCUGCAACUGCUGCCUGGUGUGCGCCGCCAGCGAGGGCGAGCCCUGCGGCCGCCCCCUGGACUCGCCGUGCGGGGAGAGCCUGGAGUGCGCGCGCGGCGUGUGCCGCUGUCGCUUGGCGCACGCUGUGUGCGGCACCGACGGGCACACCUAUGCCAACGUGUGCGCGCUGCUGGCGGCCAGCCGCCGCGCGCUGCAGCUCUCCGGGACGCCCGUGCGCCAGCUGCAGAAGGGUGCCUGCCCAUCCGGUCUCCACCAGCUGACCAGCCCACGGUACAAGUUCAACUUCAUCGCUGAUGUGGUAGAGAAGAUUGCACCGGCCGUGGUCCACAUAGAGCUCUUCCUGAGACACCCUCUGUUUGGGCGCAAUGUGCCCUUGUCCAGCGGCUCGGGUUUCAUUAUGUCAGAGGCCGGCUUGAUUGUCACCAAUGCCCACGUGGUGUCCAGCACCAACGCCGUCUCGGGUCGGCAGCAGCUGAAGGUGCAGCUGCAGAAUGGAGACUCCUAUGAGGCCACCAUCAAGGACAUCGAUAAGAAAUCCGACAUUGCCACGAUCAAGAUCCAUCCCAAAACAAAGCUCCCCGUAUUGCUGCUGGGUCACUCAGCCGACCUGCGGCCUGGUGAGUUUGUGGUGGCCAUCGGUAGUCCCUUUGCCCUUCAGAACACUGUGACGACGGGCAUCGUCAGCACCGCCCAGCGAGAUGGCAAGGAGCUGGGCCUGCGGAACUCGGACAUGGACUACAUUCAGACAGACGCCAUCAUCAACUAUGGGAACUCCGGGGGACCGCUGGUGAACCUGGAUGGUGAGGUCAUUGGCAUCAACACGCUCAAGGUUGCGGCUGGCAUCUCCUUUGCCAUCCCCUCGGACCGCAUCACACGCUUCCUCACAGAGUUCCAAGACAAGCACAGCAAAGCCUUCUCACCAGCAGUUCAUUGAGAGCAGGGGGCUUCCUCCUGCUGGCACCCCCUUCCCCAGCCCUGCCACCCCAGCACAUGGAGCCCAGUGCAGCCAGGACUGGUGCUGUGAGGACUGGUCCUGUGAAGAGCUGCUGUGGAAGACUCUUCCGUUUCUUCUGCAGUGUCCCUUGGGUGAAGAUGAUCCAGAGCCAGGCAGAGCCUGUCUUUCCCAAAGAAGCAGAAGGCUUCUUCUAUUGGGCAGUGUCUAACCUCUUGAGCUCUUUUCCUCUUGGCUUCUAGGAAGCUCAGAACUAGACCCAGGACUGUACCUUCAUAUUCGUCCUAGCUUGUUCCUUUCUCUUAUGGUGGAGAUUUUCCAGUUUAAUGAUCCUCUGCUCCUUGGAUAUCUUUGACUUUGGCCACUGCCUGGAGAUCACUGGUGCACUUUGCAUAGACUCAGCUGUGAGGUGACUUCUAUUGGAAGUGGGCUGACAGCAUUCUUUUCCUACCAUCCUCUUCCUCCCUUUCUUGGGCUGGCUUUGCUCCUUUGGCAUAUAGGGCCUGUCCCAGUCAGGGCUGACCUCACACCAGGCCACCAGAAAACACUUGUCCCUGUACCAGAGAUUUGUCACUUCCCCAAGGACAGUGCCGACUAACUGAAGAGCCUGAUGAAUCUUAGCAGAAUGAUGGAAUCUAUUAUUUUAUAAUCCUUCUGAAGUUGGUGUUUGUUUUAGCUUUUUUUUUAAUAAAAAUAUGGAAUGAUCCAAAGCCAGUUAAUCUAGAAUUCUUUAAAAUGAACAAUCUUUUUAUUAAAUCAAGGGGAUGUCACAUAGACUUCUUAAUCUCACCAAGAGAGUGGGGUGCAGAGGCCAGUGGGGGAGCUUAAGGGUAUGGAGUGACCACCACACAAGUCUAGGGGAGCCAUGGUUCUGCCUCAGCCUGGAGCCCCAGGAGGGCUUGGGGUUCAGCCAGUUUUAGGGCCAGAGUGUGUCCCAAUGAGAUGGGGUGUUUGAGUUCAUGGGGCUGUCUGCCCUUCUGUGACUGUGGGAGAUGCUCCUCUGGCCUAGGGAGUAAAGCCCUUAUUUGUCUCAUGUCUCCGGUAGUCUCUGUGGCCUACAAGAUGAGGGACAGCUGUAGUGAGGCCAGAGGGGCCAUGAAGGGGGGACACAUUUCCUGAGUGGUCACAGAUUCUCUGGGCUCAGUGGUCACAGGGUUCUCCAUGCUCAGAGAACCUACUUGUUCUCAGGCAGACUUGGUCACAGGCAGACUCUGGAAGCUUACCUCUCCCACCAUGCUGGAUGGAGGCCUGAGUCCCUGCCAGGUAGAUGAGAAGGUGGGAGGAAGCAGCCCACCCACCUGGCAUGAGAGGGGCAUGGAGUGGGUGGCCCAGCACUUUUGGGUACUCUUAAGGCUCAAGGGGCUCCUAAGACUUUUGAGUCCCUGAGACCUAAGUCCAUCUUGAGCCUUGGCUUUCUCCUCCACAUGGUGGGUCUGAGCCAGCAGCUCCUGUGGGAAACACUCAAGUUCCAGCUCUGUGCCUGGGACUCCCACAGCCAGGCAGAUGGGAGUGUUUUAUUAGUUCCCAAGUACAGUAGAAGCUCCAUAGCUGACCACCUCCCUCCACUGACCACCUCCUUAAGUUGACCUAAUUUUCACAGAGCAGACAUGCACCACAUGUGUGUGUAAGCACAGCAGCACUAGUUCCUUACGUUGACCACUCCACAUGUUGGCCAGUUGAGUGGUCAACUUACAGAGGUCCUACCAUAUUUGGGAAUUUUCUAGAUACCUUUCUAUUAUUGAUUUCUAGUUUAAUUCCAUUGUGGUCGUAAAACUUUUAUGAAAUGGAAACUUAAAAAGUACUGAGUCUUGACUUAUGGUUCAGAAUGUUAUAGUGAUUUCUGGGUCUAAGACACCUGAUAAGUCACAGGCUAGAGCAGUGAGGGGGCAGGGGCCCAUCUCCUCGACUUGUGUAUACCUCACUCCAGCCACACAGCGUGGCACACAGUCAGUGGUCCCUAGGCACUGUCACUUCAUAUUAUAAUUAGGAGGAAGUCAGGGGAAGAUGAUGAACCAAGCAGUGGAAGCUGGCCAUGGGGGCUGCACUUGGAGCAGUGUUGGGGGAGCAGGUGUUGGGCUGACUUGGUUGGCUGCGGGAUGGGGUGGAUGUGAGGCCACCUGUGGGUGGGCCAUGCUAGAGGUAGAACACGGCCUGGCUCUGUGACAGGAGUCAGGGGAAGAGGCCAGCUCUAAGUGCUUGACCACACAGGGACAGGGCUGACAAGGCCGCUCCUGAGGCUUUCUCUCCUGCAGGGCAGCUUCUGUCACCUGCCUAUCCCCUUAGGGAGGGUGGUGGCUUUGCACGGCAGCCCUGACUGAGUCCUUCCAUAUUU